AUGCUAAGACAGUUUCUCUUUUACGUGACGGUUGUGCCUCUGAGUGCACCGUAUCUUGAACAACAAUGGGGCACGAAGGAGCUUCUCUUGUUCUCAACCAUUGUCACUAUUGUGACGAAUAUUAUAACAUGGAUUCUUGCGUUGCUCAUUUCCACUGUCCAAAUGGCCGUGGGAAUAUCGUCAGGGAAACUUAGUAUGCUUCACUCCCAUUUUGAUGGAAUGCACAUUAUCUUGACUGGUUUCCUUGUAGCAUAUGCGCAGCUCAUGCAAGAUCAAAGUGUUUUUUGGGUGUACUCGUACCGAAUUCGAGACCUUCUGAUGUUACUGAUCGGUCUUACGAACAUUCCCAUAUUAUUGGGCAUUGUUGCGCCCUUUCUCCAAGUCCAAGUAGCUUGGAUCGUCGCCUGGGUAUACUUGCGUUUUUAUCAGUAUGGCGCAGCGGGACAGCGUGGUGAUGCAAGCGAAUCAUUUGCCUUUGUUGAGUAUUUCCCUUCAUUUAUUCGGCCAUUUUUGUCGCCGGUGAUGCAUUCUGUCCAUCGUAUCGUAUCAGCAUGGGGCCUUCUGCCAUCAGCUGCCAGGUACACGGAUCUGGAGCUUAGUAUUGCAAACGUGCCUCUGGUGGAUGCACGAACGGAGGCAGAGCGUCGCCGAACUAUGGCCUUGUCUGCCCUAGAUUCGCGCUCGUCAUCUGACAAAGCACAAAUGCAAGCAGAUUCAGACUUAGCGUCCAGACGGCCUGCCAAAGGCGUAGUGCCGGGCACAGACCGAGAUGCAGGCCACAAAUUGUGGCUAGGCUCUGAUAAUGAAGCCGCUCCUAUCUCAGGGUUUUCUGCUGCGUCCACUCCGAUACCAAGACCAAUGCCUAGCAUGACCUCUACAGCUCCUGGUCCUGCAUCUCGUAUAGCGGCACCUUCUAUGGCUGGUGCGGAUCUUUCACCAUCGUCUGCUACAUAG